UUCAGGUUAUGUCGCGUUAGGUUAGGAUUCGCGAUUAAUGGGCAGCGAGGGCAGAGAAGAGAAAAGUGUAAGAGAUAUUUCUUGGAGCUUUUUUGCACAUUAGAAUAAUCUCGAUCAAACUCCGAUUAGCGCGUCUGCUACGUUUUGUCGACGUGGCUGGAAUAAUUCAGCUUUCGUUGCUCGACAGCCUGAAAGACCAAGUUCAGGGACACGUGUGACAAUCAGAGGUUCUGCCGCGGUCAACUCUGCCGGUCGUCGAUUUAAUCAAGAAUUGCAGGCAUGAAUGUAUUCUCGUUCAAGUACAGGAACGUGAUUCUGGGCGUGACAGCGACAGCCGUCGGGUAUUACGCGGUCCUCAUGCCACACACCGUAUUCCUGAAGAAGUACAGAUACAUGGUGGCCACGUACCAACUGGGCAGUGAGACGCCGCUGGGCUCUGUGCUCCAACAGAGGAUUCAGGGUGUUAUGGACGACCUGAAGCUGCCCGACAACGUCAGGGACGCUAUAAAGCCCUUCAGCGUGCUCGGCUUCGAUCUGCUCCACGCCGGCACCCUCGGCAGGCACGGCGCGAUACUGGGGAUCCCAGCUAACUUGAACAACACGUCGGAGCAGCUCCGCGAGAAUCUGCAGAUCAAGGACGAGCCAGUGGACUGGUCGCGGCAGGACGCGCAGAACUUCCUGAAGGCGGUGACGCUGUCCGAGAGCGCGCAGAAGUUCGCGAUAGCGCGCGAAAUCCUGCGAAUCCAGGCGGAGGAGCCGUGCUUCAAUUCGCUCGGACUGGCCCUGACCGUGGCGACCCUGUGGACACUUUACAGCCUCAUAUCGUAUAGAUUUAAGUUGCGCGAGAACGCGACAGCGCGGCGCACGUUAUACGCGGUCUUCGCCUCGUUUGGUGCAAUACUGUGGUUCGGCGUGAAGGACUAUCGGAGUUGCCAGCUGGACAAGGAGAACGACGAAGCCCUGCGCCGCUUAGGCGCCGAAUAUGUCAAGGGGGGACAGGAGUUCUACGAGAAAUUGUUAAUCAGAAACAAAGCUAUGAGGUCACUCCUGGGGGCGGACGGGAAAGGUGUAUAUACCGCUUACGGAAACGAAGAGUUUUUCCUGAGACAGAAGCACGUACCGAUCUCCCACAGGAAGGAACUGUUCGACUUGCAUCUACGAAACUUGGAAGGUAUGAAAUAAAUCGGUCCCUUUUCGAGCCUGGAA